UGAACGCGGAGAACACGGUUCCGAAUGCCUCGCGCAGGGUUCUGCGCCUGCUCUCCAGCCAUGGCAUGACCGUUGUCAUUGCCACCGGCCGGAUGACCCCCGGCGCGGUGCUGCACGAGCACGCCAUCGGCCUGGACUGCUACGUGGUGACGUACAACGGUGCGCGCGCGCUGACGCGCGGCGGACGCGCCGGGGAUCAGCAUCACAACCCGACGCGUGUGCUGCUGCCCGACCGCACGGAGGUCCCCUUCGACCGGCCGAUCCCGGCGGCGGCCCUGGCCGAGGAUGAUGCCUGCCGGGCGGCGUCGGCGGCCUUUCUGGCCAAGACCGGCGUCCCGCCGGCGGUGUCCAUCGGUGGCGACGUCAUCUUCCACACGCCGCUUCCCCUGCCGGUGUCCAUUGGCCUGGUGGAGUGGGCCCUGGAGCGUGGGCUCCCCUUCAACCUGUACAUUGAUGAUGUGCUCUACUGUGACCGGCGCUUCAAGGACACGGUGUCGAUCCAGAUGUAUGGGUGCCUCGGCCAGGUCCCGCAUGUGGUUUUGGAUGAUGCGCUGCACUUCCUCCGGAACCAUCCCUCCCCCUCGACCAAGGUCAUCCUGUUCACCGAGGACCUGAAGCAUUCGGCCACCGUGGCCCUGGAGGCCUCGAUGAGGAAGCUGGUCCGGCAGAUCGCCGAGGCCGGCGCCGGCGGGGUCCCCCUGCCGGAUGCCGAGGUCCCGACCGUUGUCCCGGCGCAGUUCUUCGUCGAGGCGCUGGCCCCCGGCAUCAACAAGGGCCAGGGGCUGCGCAAGCUGAUGGCCGUCCUCGGUGCCCCGGACGGCCCGCUCCCCGGGACCACGGUGGAUAAUGUGGUGGCCUUCGGCGACGGCGAGAAUGACCUGGAGUUCCUGCAGUAUGCCGGCCUCUCCGUGGCCAUGGCCAACGCCCAUGAGACCACCGCCAAGGGGGCCACCUAUCAGAGUGCCUUCACGAACCGAGAGGCGGCCGUGGCGCGCGAGCUCCUGGCCCUCUGGCGGGCUGGGCAGUUUGUUGUCGAUGCCUCCCUGGCUCCGGCCGAGGGCAGCGAGGAGGAGCUGGCCCUCCUGUCCGAGUAGAUCCUGCCCUCUCCUCGGCACUUCCCAUUCUUGAGGGAGAGCAUUUGCGCGUCGUCGUCCAAUAAGGCACAUGUUCCCCA